AUGAGUGUUUGCUGGAUUUUAAUGAUCCUCCUGGGCUGCAGGACCUCUCAUGCCACUCAGUCUCAGAGCAACUGCACCUGUAAUGAUCACCUGAAAACGGUCUGUGAAUCUCACAGAGGCACUGUGCACGUGCAGUGUCCAAAUGUGACCACUGAAAAGUCAGAAGUGAGGUUUCGCCUUUACAAAGACCGGAAAAUAAUUUCCAGCCUUUCAUGCAGCCGUAACAAAACUGUAUAUGGAUGGACAUGCACAUCAGAAAGCACCGAGGAGGGCGUGUCUCCAAACAUAAAACAUACAUCGGUCAGUUUCGCCCUCACUGCACUGACUAACAGUAGUCAAGGAAUCUACAGCUGUGAGAGCACAAUCGAGUUCCCUCCUCCCUUCACAAAAAGUACUUUGAGCAUCUUGGUACUUGUACAUGAAUACCAAUGCAUGUGCAUCGAAGACAGCAAUAACGUCAACCAUGGAUUUCACUGGAUUUGGAUUCUGGUGGCUGUACUACUUCUCAUCUACAGCCUAACUGUCACCAUUAUCGCCUCUGUUGUAUGGGUGAAGAUGAGGCGAAUGGAUUCCCAGAGCGACUAUAUGAACACCAAACCCAGAGGACCAAGGGAACGCAGGAAGAAAAAAGGGAUUCAGAAUCCCAUACAACGACACUUCUGAUUUAACCAUCAUCUGAGCAUUUGCACAGCUCUCCCCAGUAGUUUAGAUACAAGCAGAAGGGGUGUCCUUCUUGUAGCUUACACUUAACAUUGUUGUGUGAGGAUUAGUUUUGAUAAAUGAGUAGCUGUUUUGUGUCUACACAGCAAAAGUAGCAAUUUCUUUUAUACCUGUGACUGUAUACAACAAUAAAAAAAAAGAUACAUGACAUUUCUGGUUUUGCUCACUUCCUGUUUCAUUUACUCUCUCUCACACUCACACACCUCUAUUUGGAACCCCUAUCUUUGUGGUAAAAACAGAGGCUGGUGACUGAAUGAGGGGAUUUAACCACAUUCAAACGGUUCAUUCACUUUAUAGAUUGGUGUGAUAUCGUGAACCAGACCACAAUU